AUGUCCGGUGUCACGUCAACCCUGGUGUGGAGAGAUGCAAUCAUCAAAGAGACUCGUUGUAGAAGGGCCUACUACCUUGGGCGAUUCGGAUCCGGUGCUGUUCCCAAACAUGGUGACACUGGAGUUUACGAUCCUUACAACAAUGACAAGGUGGCCGCUAUCAGCCCUCAGCGGGCAGUGGCCAUUCCAGAGAUAUCCGGCCACAAGUCCUGGGAGAAGUUUCGCCAUACUGGGCGGCUUGUCUUGUCGGAUGGAGCUGCGAGAGAGGGAACUACAGAGGAGGUCAAGCCGAAGUCGGCGGUCUCUGGCGUCGCUGUUGUCGCCCCAGACUCGGGCCGCAGAGGCACAAGCCGCACCUGCAUCGGCACACACCAGAACAUGGCCAGCGAUGGCACCGCAGGUUGUGCUGAUGAACAUGCCGAAGCACGGAUGCAAAGCCUCAUCGCUUCACUGGAGCUGGUGUUGGCAGCGUGGGAUCGUCAGAUCUCUGCAAGCCGCAAAGGGCUCAAUGCGGUAACAGCGGCAGAGAGGCAAACGUCCACAACCUCUUAUGCUGCUCAAGAAGCCGAGAAGGCCCUCUGCGAAGCCCUGGCUGCCAGCAAGGAAAUUGAAAGCCGAGUCGCUGAACUACAAUGCCGCUCAGAUCCGCAAAGAUCGGAUGACACCUUGGAGAAGGCUGCGCGGCAGCUGUGCGUUGCCGGCGAUGCUACACCCGAACUUUUAGCCAGCGAUGGCCGCCCGGAGUCGUCGCAGGUGCAGACACCGCAGGUGGCCAAGCGAAGUGCUGCUGCGAAGGCUUUCCAAGCAUCUAAACGCAGGCCAGAAGCGUUGCAGAUCUCAGAUGCAGGCUCAGACGCUGCCUGCUGUGCGCCAAGAGUGUGCGAAGGAGAUUCGCAUAUCGAUUUUUCCAUGUUUAACAAAGAUGCCUGGGAGCGCGCGCGCCGACGCGGGGAAGCCAUGCUGAGCGAAUCCAAGGCCGGAGCAACUGCGUGCUACAGGGAGCACCUGCCCAAAGCGCUAAAGGCGCCGCCGAAUGGGCAGGUGAAGAUUUGGAAGCUGCAGGUCAGCACAGAAGAGAAGAUUAUGCGCUGCUACCAGGAAAUGAUGACUGGGAGCGGCGUGGGGCGCGGUGGCUUUUUGCUCAGCGCCAGCCUGGACCGGUUCAUUUCGCUGAUCCAGGAGAACUCGGAGGCGCCAGAUGCCAAAAGAGGAGGAGAUGGCACCUGGAUUGCCAAAGGUAAGGUAGAUCCCAGGCUGGAGGCAGUGGCCUUGACGACGCCCCGAGGAGCUUGUUCGCCACCCUUCUUGGAGCGACCUGGCUGCUUCCAAAUGGUCUAUGUUGAGGAGUGCGGUUUAUGCCUGAAGCGGCUCGCUGCCGGCUUCAAUGCCACCACAGAAAUUAUCUUCAUCAAUGCUUCCGACCCUCUUUUUUCGGAUGCAGACGUGCGAAUGAGCAAGGCAGACUCCUGCAAAUGGCUGGAACCGUCCCUGGCUCCGUGCGGCCUUCUACCAGAGGAGUGGCGCUGGUCCGAGGACGUGGAGCACUGCGCCAGCGACACUUGCGCUUAUCAGGGCAAUUUAGGUUCUGGUGCCUUUUGGUGUCCGCUCGUCUCUGAUGAAGGUUGUGGAGAGGGCGGCAAGUGCUUAAGGUCAAUGGUUCUGGAUGGUCUACACGACAAGCAGUUCUCCUGCAAAUUCUCGGAAGAGUUUGAGCGAUCUCCGCUUUACCGACUUUUCUGGUCUGGAGGCUGGUCCAGCCCGCUGUUCUUUGCACAGUACUUUCCAUCGCAGGGCAUUGCGCGCUUGGACAUCAUUAACUCGAUGUGCAGCCACCGCCAGCCCAUCCUCAUGCAGUGUAGCUGCACGGAGUGCGACUCUCUCUAUGAUGACAUAGAUCCGCUCACAGGCGAGCAGAGCGGGGCGUGCACCGACAAGAAGGUGCCCAGCCCCUGCGCGCGCUGCGAGAAGUGCCAGUGCGACUAUCCGGAGGAUUCCUGGCUAUCUUCUAUCACAAGGAUCAUUGUAGAUGGCAUCCACCGGGGUGUGUACAUUGGCUGCGAGGAUUCGCUAAACUCCACUGGGAUGUGUCACACCAGUCUGGAUGACCUGCCUACUCCAAUGUCCUUUGAAUGUGACACGGGCAUGUGUGUCCCUGACAAUGCCACAGAAGAGGUUGUCCUGGCUCGACAGUCCAUUGACCUCUUCGGCCAGUGGACAACCGUGGCAAUACUAGUUUUGGCGCUCCUGGUGGUGCUCUCUUUGUUUGUGUUGAUCUGUGUUGUCCUGGACUGCCUAAGAACCAGGAGGUUGGCAGCGGGCGCUCUGCUGGACAUGCCUGGGGCUCCCUUGCCGGCCAUCGCCGCGGCGCAGGCGGCUCUUGGAGGCUUUGGCAGCACACCCCCAGGUGCCACGCUAGUGUUCAGUUGGCAGAAUGUCAACUGCGCACGCAAGGACAAGCAGGUUCUGAAGGAUGUGUCUGGAUCCGUGGAGUCGCUCUCCUCGGGGCGCGGUGCGCUUGUGGCCCUGCUGGGACCUUCUGGCAGCGGCAAGACGACACUUCUUGAGGCAUUGGCGGGCCGAAUGCAGCCGGGGGACUCGGCGCAAGUCCGCAUCAACGGCAAGGAGAUGUCGGCAAGAAGCCGCCGUCGCCAUGUUUCUUUCGUAUAUCAGGACGAAAUCCUGGGAGCCACGCUGACCGUUCGAGAGGCCCUGGAAUUCUCAGCAGCCCUGCGGCUCCGGUCUCUCAGCGCCGCAAAAAGAGCGGGCAGGGUUUCUUGGGCUCUCAAGAUGUUGAAGCUAGAGGAAGUUGCCAACUCACGGAUCGGAGACAACCACAGACGAGGCAUUUCUGGCGGCGAGCGCCGUCGUGUUGCGAUAGGGGUGGAGUUGGUGGUGUCGCCUCCAAUCAUGGUGUUGGAUGAGCCGACAACUGGACUUGACGCCAGCUGUGCCUUGAUGCUCGGGCGGGUCCUGUCCCAGCUCGCUGAGGGAGGGCGGCUGCUGAUCUGCAGCAUGCACCAGCCGCGGGCAGAGCUCCUGCGCCUCUUCAAUGCCAGGCUAGACCUUGGGCAGUUUGGUGACCAGCUCACUAAGACAACAGAUCCCUGGUCACAUAAGGAAGAAGAUGAGAGCCCGGAUCGAAACGUUCCCAACGAGAGGUUGGGACAGAACCCGACUGAGGAAUGUUCUUGGAAUGUGAAUCCCCAGCUGGUGGCAGAAAUCAAGAGAGCGGUGAGCAAGCAGUCGCUCGGCCAAAGCCACAGCUGCUUCGCCAGCUUCGAUGAUGAUCUUUCUGAUGCCUUGGCCAUUGCCUCUCGUGCCACAGCGGGCGCGGCCCCAGCAAGCCUGCCCUUGCAGGUUUUUCUCCUCUGGCAGCGAAGCCUCAGAGAGGCCACGCGGGGCAACUACGCCGGUCUUGUGGCCGCUAUUGUGGUUCUCAGCAUCGCGUUUUUGGUUGGCUUCACUUUCAGGAACCUUGACACUGGUAUUGCCGGAGUACAGAAUCGUUUUGGCUCCAUCUUCUUCACGCAGCUUUUCUUCAGUUUCUUUGGCUUGCAGGCCUGCACCCUCUGGUAUGUAGACCGGGAUCGACUUGACCGUGAAAGAGCGUCAAAGCUGUACAACGUGCUAUCGUAUUUCCUAUCAAAGGGAUCAGCAUACCUGUGGUGGUACUGCCUCUUCGUCCCCGCGAUGUACGUUGGCAUUGUGUACUACUUGAUCGGCUUCCAGGGGAGCAUCUCAAAGAUGUUGACUUUCUAUUUGUGCACGGCUGGAACCACUGCCGCAGCGAGCGGAGUGAGUCUCCUGUGCCUUUCACUGACAAGCUCCUUUGCCAAUGGCAUUUCGCUGGCAGCAAUUUUCCUCACUGUGCUCCAGAUGUAUGCCGGCUUCCUUCAAAGACGCGAUGCGAUUCCUUGGACCUUCAGGUGGCUGAACGACGUGUCGCCCUUUGCACAUGCGUUUGCUGCAAUGAUCUCCAGCGAGUUUACGGGAUUGGAGACCACAGUGGAAGCAACUGGCCAUGCUGCCGUAACUGUCGAGGGAAGCAUUUGGCCACAGCAGUUCAAUGUGGACCCCACCCAGCUGGAGUACAAUCUCCAGAUGUUGGGCCUCGUUGCGGGCAGUAUAUGGGUCCUGGCCUUCAUCCCAGUGUGGCUCCGAUGGUACCGCGUAAAGACCUACCACCGCUGCUUCAAACCAAUGUCCCGAGACAAGGGCUGCAGUGACGCCCUGGAACCUCCAUCCUGGGUAAGCAGCCGAAUGCAGGGCUCCGCCGCAUUGAUUUGGCAGGAUCUUCAUGCAACGCUCCCCAAUGGAGCUGGGCUCUAUGAAGGGAUGAGUGGCAUGGUGCGUACUGGCAGGCCUUUGGCAGUGCUGGGUCCUUCUGGAUGCGGCAAGACAACGCUGUUGUCCUGCCUUGCUGGUGAGGUCACAAGCACAAGGUGGACUGGAUCCAUCUAUCUCAACAGGCAGAAAAUUGCAAAGAAAAAGCUGCGAAGGACGGUCGGAUAUGUGCGGCAAGAUGAUGCUCUGCAUCCAGAGCUCACGGUCCGAGAGGUGAUCGCUUUUGCAGUAGCUCUCCGAAUGCCGAAAGCCAGUUGGAGAACACGUCAUGAGCGCGUCACCUGGACGUUGAGCCGCCUAGGGCUGGAGGCGGUAGCCAACUCCAAAGUGGGCGGCCACAAAUUCCGCGGCAUCUCCGGAGGUGAAAGGCGUCGCACGGCAGUAGGGGUCGAGCUGGCUGUGGCGAGGGGUGUGCUGGCAUUAGACGAGCCCACCAGCGGCUUGGACAGCUCCAGCGCCCUGGCCCUCGGAAGUCUGCUCGCAGAACUUGCCUCGGAAGGCGUCAUUCUGCUGGCUUCCAUGCACCAGCCUUCACCAGAUUUGUUGGCUGACUUCUCGGUUCUCCGGGCUUCUUAG